AUGUUUAAAAAGAUCCAUUCUAUAUUUCACCCCAACUCCCAGCGAAGAAACGUGACAGAUGACAUCCCUUACAGUGAUGGCGCUAGUUCUGCAGUGAGACUGAUCCGCAGCACUUCUAUGUAUGUCCUUGGAGGUGAGCAGGAAAAAGUUAGUGAACCAUUAAAAAAGUGCAGAAGUACAACCAGCAUCGACUCUUGCUUUCAGCCAAAAGAGGAAGACAGAGACUGGAUGUACUCUAAGACUCAGGACUGCUUGAAGUACCUACAGGAUCUUCUAGCCUUGAGGAAAAAAUAUCUUGAAAACAUCAAUAACUUGAAAUCCAUGCAUAUGGCUGCAGAUUCUCCAGCAUCCACAAGAUCAUCCAAAACUGGAAAAAAGUCGUUUCUUCCACUUCCUUCCAAAGAGUCUUCUAAGGCAUCCAUGGAAAGAAAAGGGCCACAGUCCAGUUCAGAUGUAAGAGAAGCAAUAGCUUUCUUUGACUCAGUCAUUGCAGACCUGGAUUCAGAGAGGUGGCGGCGAGUUCCUGACGUGGGUCUGCCAAACGUGGAUGUCGAUUUUGAUGUUGCUACCAGUACGAGUGAACACAGUUUGCAUUCAAACUGGAUCCUUCGGGCUCCCCGGAGAUACUCACAAGAUACUGCCCAAGCAGCUAAGCAGUCUCAAAGAAACAGUCAGCGGAGAACCACUGGCUCUAGGAAAAGGUUGGAAAGGCAUCCCAUGUACCUGCCCAAAGCUGUGGAAGGGGCAUACAGCACUUUAAAAUUUAAGCCUAAAACACGCAAGAAAGAAUGUUGAAAAAAGAAUGUUCCCUUUUCACUUGAAGACAGAAUAAAUGAAAUAGGGCAUGCAAGACCUAUUUCAUGCAAGACCUGAAUUUUUUUAUUUUAAUUUUUUUUACCACUGAUCCAUCAUUUACACUCCAGAAGUGAGCUGUGCAGUCACUGAAGAUUCUUCAUAGGGGACGUAUUUGAAGCCAUGGCUAUUCCAGUGUUGGGCCUAUAUGAGGGUUUAAGUCAUCAAAUUUUCUGUGCCUAACAAUACUGCCUUGUCAUUCAGCUUGGUGGGGGGGGAACUCCAGCUUGACAAGCCUUUUUUUCUAGUGCUGUUACAGAAAGCAAUGAUUCAGAGAUUGCCUGGUGCAGUAAUUAUUCUUCUGAUUCCAGCACUGCAAAGCAGUUCAAGGAAUUCAGUGAAUAUGCUGGAGUUUUUGCAGCAGUGUUUCCAAUGUCAGAGCAGUGAAGCAGAAUUUUCUCCUUCUGUUGCUUGUGAAAAUUUGUACGUGCCAUCAUUGACUCUAUGUUCUCAGAGUAUACAGCAGCACCAAGAUACACUCAGUCUGCAGCACAAGCAGAAAAGAGUUCUGUGAUUCUCUGAGCUGGAGUGAGGGAAUCAGCAUUAGAAACUUGUGUUUGGGGAAAUAGUGUGCUCCGGUUGUGUUUUGUACUCUGCUUGCUAUUGGAAAUGGUUCUGUUGUUGCAUGUAUCAAAAUAAUCACUGCAUGCAAAAAUGUAUGCAACUUUUUUCAUAUGGUUACACCAUGUGCUAGUUUUCAUCCAUUUUAACACCCAGCUGAUGAAUCUAGACACCCCAGUGUACACUAGAAAAGCUUAAAGUCACGGAGAACAUUUUGUGAAUAAAUUGGAGAAAAGGUUGUUCUCAGAGACAGAAGAAAACUUGCAGACAAAGCCACCACAUCACCUUUAGAUUAUACCUAAUAUUUGGAAUUCUGCUACUGCAACAUUAAACACAAUAUAUUAGGAUGAGUGAAGUCUAGAAGUGUUUCUCUUCAUCUUAGAGGGGAUAUGUAUUCUAUGUGAUACUUGGAAUUAAUAAGAUCCAUGCUCUGCCUGUUUUGCCCAGCUCAUGCUUUGUCUUAAGAAUUCGCUAAGGUGUUUGGGAUCAAGCUUUUGCUUACUUGAUUUUUUUUUCAUUGGGCAUCGUUCAGCUGGUGCUGGACUAUGACAGAUGGAUCAUGGCAGCACUGCUAUGACCAGCUGGUGAAUUUUCUUGUUUCUGUGAUCAGUAGUUUUGUGUCCACAGGCUUGGAUGAAUUUCCUAAGGCACUGGCCAUCAAUAUAGCCCAUUUGAUACACCAAAACCUCCAUAAACCUUGUACCCUCACACAGAAUAUUUGGCAGGUGGUAGUUCUUGCUGAUUUGUGUUCCCAGUCCUUGGGAGUAAAUUAUUCAAAAGACAUUUCUGCCAUGAGUUGCAAAUAUAUCUCUGAGCUUAAUGAUCUAGGCCACUUUCUGUCAUAAGAUAGGAAAGUGCCAAAAAACCAUAUGUUCCUCCAUUCAGAGCUGGCAUCUCCUGUUUGAUUAAAGCAUUUUGAUUCUUUUUCUAGUGAUGUUUGUGAAGAGGAUGGAAGAAUUGUUUCUGUAGCACUUCAGUUCUGGAGGUGCUUUUGUUGCUCUUGGCCUAGUUUGCAUCCUCUUGAAAAUGACCAGUUUAAAUAACAUAAUUGAUACAUAUUCAAGAAGAGUUUAAAUUAAGGUCUGGGUUUUGUCUCCCUGCUGUUGGUGCUUUUCAAAAUAGUCUGUAUCCUUUAUAUUGUGUUGCUGCCUUUGUACCUCCCCAGUCUGUACUGUCUGAAUGCCCUUAAAACUAUUCUGCCUCUGAAUGUGAGCAUUGAAUUCCACUCAGCCAGGUGGGAUAGCCAGAGCGCAGCAUGUUCCAAGCACACCCCUGGGUUCUGGCAUGCCUCAAGGCUGCAGUUCUGUGUAUGUGUGAGAGAAGGGGGACAGUGCUCAGAACUGUACAUUUUUGGCAGCUGUGUCACCCUGAAACUCCUCUCCAAAGAGAAUUGCAUACUGAAGUUGCCGAGGAACAUUUUUACUGACUGUGUGGGCAUCUUUUUGCUACUAGAACCUGCAACAUGGAUGGGUGCUGACAGAAAAUCUCACCAUCUUGUUUCAGUUACUAUAACGGAAUUAUGCAUGUGCAUAAUUAAAAUACUGAUGAGAAGAAAGAAGAAAAGGUUUCCAAUGUUUUUCUGCCCUGGGCUGUGUUUCAUGCUCAUAGUGCCAAGGUUUUAUGCAUUGGAGUAACUGAUCUCUUUGCUAUUGUUUUAAGAAUGCAUUUUGAUGUGCAGAACCAGACUGCUUCAGCAUGUGUGACCUUCCCUGUAACCUCCUGUCUGUCCUUGUAAAACAGACAUCUCUGAUCAUCUGGCUGUGAUAGAGGGUGAGGGUCCCCCUGCUGUCCAGCACAGAAGCUUCAGUGUGAAAUUGGGUUUGCUUUUAUGAAUAAGAGACAAAGACAGGGGGGAAAUCAGAUUUAUAUUUUCUAUUUGGAUUCUGUGAUUUUUUUCUCUUUUCUUAACAUUCACUUCAAGCCAG